AUCCGGCCCUUGGUAUACGCUAAAUAGGGUGUCUAUAGGUCGCAACCCUUGCUUUCUGUGAAUUUUGCUGUGAUUGCACUGUCAUCAAGGUGGCCGUUGGAAAAAACAGGCUUAAACCGGGCCUAGUCUUGAAAUUACAAUGUGUUAACUGUUUAAGCAAAGUUUGUGUUUUUCUGUUUGAAAGCUUCAAUAUGCAGUAGAUAAGGUCUGGCGAACAUUGUGUUUGUUUCCUUUGCAUAAACAUCAGGUGGGCUGUCGUCAUUGUUUAAUUUUGUUGGUUCUCUGAAUACGAAUGUUGAAGUCCAAUAUGUGGAAUUUAACUAUGUCAAGUGUGAGCUGUGAUGCGUGUUUAAAGGGAAAUUUUCGAGGUCGCAGAUAUAAGUGUUUAAUUUGUUACGAUUACGAUCUUUGUGCAUCUUGUUAUGAAAGUGGAGCAACAACAACGAGGCACACAACUGACCAUCCGAUGCAGUGUAUAUUAACAAGGGUAGAUUUUGAUUUGUAUUACGGUGGGGAAGCUUUUUCAAUAGAACAGCCUCAGUCUUUUACUUGUCCUUAUUGUGGGAAAAUGGGUUUUACAGAAACGUCGCUACAGGAACAUGUUACUUCAGAACACGCAGAAACAUCAACAGAAGUAAUUUGUCCAAUAUGUGCAGCAUUACCUGGAGGAGACCCUAAUCACGUCACAGAUGACUUUGCAGCACAUCUUACACUUGAACACAGAGCUCCUAGAGAUUUAGACGAAUCCAGUGGUGUUCGACAUGUACGUAGGAUGUUUCACCCAGGGCGGGGGCUGGGCGGCCCUCGAGCUCGUAGGUCAAACAUGCACUUUACUAGCAGUUCCACUGGUGGACUUUCAUCAUCACAGAGUUCAUAUUCUCCAAGCAAUAGGGAAGCAAUGGACCCCAUAGCAGAACUUUUAUCUCAGUUGUCAGGAGUAAGGCGCUCUGCAGGUGGGCAGCUCAACUCUUCUGGCCCUUCCGCCUCUCAGUUACAGCAACUACAAAUGCAGCUGCAGUUAGAACGGCAGCAGGCACAAGCAGCAAGGCAGCAACUGGAGACAGCACGUAAUGCAACACGACGCACCAACACAAGCAGUGUUGCCAACACCGUAACACAGUCAACAACAACGGCCAACACGGCUUCCACAGAAACAAGUCAGCAGAGUACCCAAAAUUCCCAGUUCCUCCUUACAAGGUUGAAUGAACCGAAAAUGACAGAAGUGGAUCGCCAGUCCUUAGAAAGUGAACGAGCAGACAGGAGCCUAUUUGUUCAGGAGCUUUUGCUUUCCACAUUGAUGCGAGAAGAAAGUUCUUCAUCAGACGAAGAUGAGCGAGGAGAGUUUGCAGAUUUUGGUGCUAUGGGCUGUGUAGAUAUUAUGCCUCUAGAUGUUGCGUUAGAAAAUCUAAAUUUAAGAGAAAGUAAUAAAGGAAAUGAGCCUCCGCCACCUCCUCUUUGAUGACAUCCCACUUCGCAGACAAUGUCCUCUGUGCUGUAACUGCCAAUGAAAGUGGACAGCAAUUAUCUUUGGGUUUGUUUGGUGAUUGUAAUUCCAGAUCUGUCACUCUUGUUACAUUGUGUACAUUCAAAAGGAAGAAAGAAAAUAUAUGAUAAUCAAUUCCACUUAACUAAUUUUUACUUCUAGCAGGUAAACGUAGGUAGCAGUGCCAGAGGCAGUUUCUGCUUCCUGUACCUUGACAUGCAAAAGGCUCUCUUAAUACUCCACAUUCAAACUGAAGAAGAAAAUGAAAAAAAAAAUCUCUAAUGAAGCUGCUGUGUGUAUUUAUGAAUAUUAAUGAAUAAAACUGCUUGGAUGGUUUACCUUA